AUGGGCAACGAGACUGAUGAGGAAGCAGACCUGAUGAGAAAGAACAAACUGUUGAUGGAAGCAAUGGCCGCUCAGUUGAAGCAAACCAUGUUGGAAAGCAUGACUGAGAUGAUGAAUGAAAACAUGAAAGAGAUCAGAAAUGAAAUCAGACAAGCUACUGGUCAAGGUCACAGUAAUGAGUCCAGAAGGAACCGUCGAACUCACACUCCACAAGAGCAUGCUGGUUCACAGGAGACUGAUAACUACUAUGAGCGCCACAGAAGUGAGAGAAGUGGUUCUUCCUCAGCAUCACGAGGUAGUAGAAGAAGAACUCGUCGUGAUCAUGAUGAUAGAAGACCUUACCGUGAUGAACUUGCUGGUUUGAAGCUUAAGAUCCCUCCCUUCCAUGGCAAAGUUGAUCCUGAUGCUUAUCUUGAGUGGGAGAAGAAGAUUGAGAUUGUAUUCAACUGCCGACACUACACCAAUGCUCAGAGGAUUCAAUUUGCUGCAACUGAGUUUGUGCCUAACCACUACCACCGGGAUCUUCAUCAAAGAUUGAGGAGACUUACACAAGGAUCCAAGACUGUGGAAGAGUACUACCAGGAGAUGGAGUUGCUGAUGUUGAGGGCUGGUAUAUCUGAGGACAGAGAAGCUACUAUGGCAAGGUUUCUUGGAGGGCUUAACCGCGAGAUACAAGACAGUGUGGAGAUGCAGCACUAUAUAGAGAUAGAAGAGAUCAAGCCUCAGCAGAAAGAAGAUACUAAACCAAACAGCACAUUCAGCAAAGACAAAGGCAAAGCUGAAGCUACAAGCUCUAGAACUAGAGAUGUUAAGUGUUUCAAGUGUCAAGGAAGAGGACAUUAUGCCAAUGAGUGCACCAACAAGAAGGUUAUGAUUCUACUUGAGAAUGGAGAGUAUGAAUCAGAAGAAGAGCACUCCGGUUCUGAUCUGAAAAUGUCUGGUGAAGAGAGUGAAGUAGAACCGGUUAAAGGAAGGUUGUUGGUGACAAGAAGACUCUUGAACUUGCAAACUAAGACUGAAGAAACUGAGCAGCGUGAGAAUCUCUUCUACACUAGGUGUUUGGUUCAGGGAAAGGUGUGCAGCCUUAUUAUUGAUGGUGGAAGCUGUGUCAAUGUAGCUAGUGAGACUAUGGUGAAGAAAUUGGGUCUGAAAGUUCAGAAGCAUCCUAGACCUUACCGGUUGCAGUGGCUCAAUGAGGAAGGUGAGAUGAGAGUCUCCAAUCAAGUGCUGAUACCUAUAGCCAUUGGUAGAUAUGAAGAUGAGAUCUUGUGUGAUGUAUUACCAAUGGAAGCUAGCCAUAUUCUUCUUGGUAGACCAUGGCAGUUUGAUAGGCGAGUGGUUCAUGAUGGUUUCACCAAUAAGCACUCUUUUGAGUUUAAUGGAAAGAAGACAGUGCUG